AUGCAGGAGGUAUGGCGAAGCGGUAUAAAAUGGGACGAGUAUGUGGGUCAGCGAAUCGAACAAAGUUGGCGAAAAUGGAUCGAGUUACUGGACGUUGUAAGGAGAAUUGAGAUACCUCGAUGUUACUUCGCAAAUGCUACCACCGAACGUUACCAAACUCUGCAAGCGCACUUGUUUGUUGAUGCCAGCGAAGCGGCGUAUGCUGCAGUCGUGUACUUCAGGAUUAUCGAUAUGGAAGGUAACCCACAAUGCUCGCUCGUGACCGCUAAAACCAAGGUCGCUCCUUUAAAGUAUGUGUCUAUACCGCGCUUGGAAUUGAUGGCCGCCGUCUUAGGAGCUCGCUUGUUAACGUUUGUGGUAGAGAAUCACACGAUUCCAAUUCAACAGCGCUUCUGCUGGUCUGAUUCCAACACAGUAUUGGCCUGGCUUCGUUCGGAACAUCGCCGCUAUAAACAAUUUGUGGCUUGUCGCGUAGGAGAAGUGCUGACGUUGACGAAGGAAAACGAAUGGCGGUGGGUCCCAAGCAGAUUAAACAUCGCAGACGAGGCCACCAAAUGGGGCAAAGGGCCAAGCUUCGACGCUGGUAGUCGUUGGGUCCAAGGACCGGAGUUCUUGAGCAGGGCGGAGGAACUGUGGCCUAAAGCAGUUGCGUCAACAGUUUCCACCGAAGAGGAAUUACGUCCAUGCCACUUGUUCCACGAAGUGAUUACGCCGAUGGUCGAUUUUAAACGCUUUUCCAAUUGGAACAGGCUGCUACGAACAGUAGCAUUUGUUUUCCAUCUUUUCACCGUUCAUAAAGCCAAUAAAGCAAGUACUAUAAUGGGGAAGGAACCGACCUACGAAGAUUUGAGAGCAGCCGAAAUCCAGAUUCUGAAAAUGGUACAGUGGGCCGUCUAUCCAGAUGAAAUGAGUAUCAUAACUAGAAACUUAAAUCGGGCGGAGGAUCAGCGUAGCGCACUCGAUAAGUCAAGUUCUAUCUACAAGCUUACACCGAUGAUAGAUGAAACCGGAGUUCUGCGGAUAGACAGCCGUACUGGGUCAGCACAUGUGGAUGCAUUUGACCUCAAAUAUCCUGUCAUACUUCCCCGGAAGCAUCAUGUAACUUACUUGAUCGUGGACUACUACCACAAGAAGUUCCUUCACGGAAAUUCCGAGACGAUCGUAAAUGAACUUCGUCAAAAAUAUUACAUUCCCCGGAUUCGAGUUAUCGUAAGAACGGUGACAAGAUUGUGUCAAUGGUGCAAGGUAUACAAAUCGCAACCGGUUGUACCAAGAAUGGGUCCACUACCUGAAGCUCGUUUGUCUCCCGGAGUGCGUCCGUUCAGUUAUAUCGGCAUCGACUACUUCGGACCAAUUCUCGUCAAGAAGUCGCUUAUGAUUUGUCUACUCAGUCCUGUAUCGCUUGCAUCCGCAGAUUCAUAUGCAGAAGAGGAGCGCCGUUGGAGAUAUACUCCGAUAAUGGGCGAAAUUUUGUCGGAGCAGAUAGUAUUCUACAAGAGCAAAUCAAACGCAUCGAUAAAUUCGAGUGGUGUUAAGCAACCUUCUGUAGAUUUGGGAUUCCCAGACCAAGUGCUCCGUAACAGCUGGGCGCAAAUACAAGAAAAGUUGGAUCAUUUUUGGAAGCGUUGGAUACGGGAGUAUCUACCAACUCUAACGAGGCGAACCAAAUGGUUUAGCGAAGCUAAACCUGUCAAUUCCGGCGACAUAGUGGUCAUCAUCGAAGAUAAGAAACGUAACGGGUGGACGCGUGGACGGGUUCUGGAUGUGACGAAAGGAAGAGAUGGCAGAAUUCGACAAGCUGUAGUUCAAACUUCAAGAGGGUUGUUCCGAAGACCGGUCUCCAAAUUGGCGGUACUAGAUGUCGCGAAUGGCUGUAACGCUGAGGUCAUCACUCAUCCUUACGGGGAGGGGAAUGUUGGAGACGUUACCCCGCAUCUGGCAACCAUGCCAACUGAUGUCUAA